AUGGCAUCCGAGGAGCAAAAACUUAGACUGAUCGAUACAUUGCUGAAGCCCUUCAUCAGAUAUUCAUUUUCAACUGGUGCCUACACCAGUAAAGACAUUGCGCGGUUGGACAGCCUGGUGGCGGGCGCGGCUAAGUUUGCGCUACGGCUGCCAACCUCUACCCCCACAGCAAUGUUGCAAGAGGAUAAGGAACGCGGUGGCGUGGGCGCCCCCUCCCUUCAAACUAUGUAUGUGACCGAAGUUACCGCCAAGCUCACUGAUGCUCUGAACGACCCGGGAAGAUUGGGCAGGGUCACCCUCAACUUGCUGCGAGAACAGAUGAAGCGGGCAGGGGGCGCCCCCAACAACGAGUUAGCUAACAAACUGCGGCACAGUAGACUGAUGAGGACUGUCACCCUACUAGCAGCAUGCGGCGGCACGCUAAUGAGGUACACAGCCAGCGGCCAAGGGGAAUGGAUCGAGCUGGGGGGCUGCCAGCUGACGGAUCUACUCCAACAGCUGCGACAUGAUCCCAUAGAAUUAGGAGUCAGCACGCCAGUCCCCAUCACCAACUUCCUACCUCUGUUGGAGGUAGGAGUGACGGAGCUCCGCCAACUACUGGAGCCCGGCGGAGAGCACAUGGUAGUAGCCUCCAAGAUCGCCGACCACUUGCGCAGGCAGGGCGUGGAGGUGGAUGAUGCCAGGGGACUAAGGCAGGCGGUCAAUCGGCUGACGGUCUGCCUGAACACCCCUCCCGAGCACGGUGCGCCAGCGAACAUCAAGGUUGGGCCCACAGACCUGAACAGGGAGCGCCUGCAAGCCGCCACUGGGGCAGAUACAGAACUUUUUGCCUCCCCCCUAGACGUACAUCGGAACAUGCCCAGCUACCUCAGCACGCACCCCAGGGACCAGCUGUUCGGAGCCGGCAUGGAUGCCUACUCCCACCGAUGGGUGGGGGCAUGCUUUGCACACCCCCCAGAGCAGCCUGAAGAACUGGAACGAGCGGUGCGUUGGGCACUGGCCAGCGCCCGAGAGGCGGACCGCCAUACCCCUGUCUUGACGGUCAUGCUUCUGCCCGACAAUGCUGCACUCACUGCCGUGGACGCCGCGCCCCACGCUCGAUGGCUCGCCUACCCGGAGGUGGUCGACUUGGCAUGCUUCCCCCCGUCAGUGGCGCCACUGCUUGCAGCCAACGACUGGACAGGCGCCCCCCCGCGGUUUGGGUCCCGGCAAUGCACAGGACACCGCCUAGUCGCCAUCGGCAACAAUAUUGGGCGCGAGCGCAUCCUCCGGCGGGACUUUGGUGAACUGUGGGCCGACCUACAUCGUCGGAUACAGCUGCCGGUGUCAUUUGGUCUCCCUUGGCCAUGGCAACAAACUGAUGGCCAGGGCCCGCCACGCUACAAUGAGCAGGCCUAUAAUGCUGCUGUGAUACAACGUGCUGAGCGAUACGAGCAGGCACGCCAAGAACUGACCGAGCAGUAUCGCCGACCCCGCAAGCACGCAACUGCAGCCAGCGACACUAGUAGCCUAUGGCGCUGGCCCCCCGAUGGACAGGCAUCCACCCUGCCGCCUGUUGCGCAACUGCAACAACUGUACGGCAGCCAACAACGCCGGCCACGAUACGAGUGGCGGCUUGCGUUUUUCACAGACGGUAGUGUGCAAGCGACAGAAGAGGGAGCCCUCGUGGGAGCCGCUGUAUGGCACUCGACCUUGGGGGCCUACAAGAUCAACACUAACGGGGACGGUCCCGACAACACCAUUACCAGGGCAGAGCUGGCCGCCAUCUUCUGCACGGGGACGGAGGCAACGGGUUGGGAGGUGGAGGAGAAGGUGGCGGUGGGCUAG